AUGUCGCCGUCUCCGGCGACAAACGCCCUCCAAUACUGGCUCUCCGAGCACCCCGCCAUCGUCAACUUCCGCUGGACCACCACCCUCUGGGGAUCCACCUGGUACUUCCUCGUCUCCGCCGUAGCCCUCUACAUCCUCGCCGCCGUCCUCCUCCACCUCCUCCUCUCCCUCCUCCUCUCCCCGCGCCGCCGCGUCCCCCUCGGCCCCAUCCCCGCCGCACACAGCCUCGCCGUCUCCCUCCUCUCCGCCGCCAUCUUCGCCGGCACCCUCCUCUCCGCCGCCGCCGAGAUCCGCGACACGCGCUGGCUCUGGCGCCGCCGGACCAAGAACUACAACGCCCUCCAGUGGCUCCUCUGCUUCCCCAUCGGCACGCGCGCGUCGGGGCGCGUCUUCUUCUGGUCCUACGCCUUCUACCUCUCCCGCUUCCUCCACCUCCUCCGCACCUUCCUCGUCGUCCUCCGCCGCAGAAAGCUCUCCGCCUUCACCCUCCUCAACCAGUCCUUCCUCCUCGUCACCUCCUUCCUCUGGCUCGAAUUCUCCCAAUCUUUCCAGGUGCUCGCCAUUCUCCUCACCUCGCUCCUCUACGCCGUCGUGUACGGGUACCGGUUCUGGACCGCGGCGGGGCUCCCCGGCGCCCGGCCGCGGUUCGGGUUCGUCGUCAAUUGCCAGGUCGUGCUGUUGUGCUGCAAUCUCGUCUGCCAUUCCGCCGUCCUCCUGCUGCAUCUCUCCGGCGGGGGUUGUAACGGGAUUGGGGCUUGGGGGUUUAAUUCGGUUUUGAACGGGGUGAUUUUGUUGUUGGUGUUGAAGUUCUACAUCGGGAUGCGGUGGAGGAGGAAAAGGGGAUCUGGGGAUGAAGGCGUUGACGGCGAGGAGGGUUCUCACCGGCGGGCGGCGGGGAAGGAAGAGUAG